AUGAAGCCACAGGCAUUCUUCUUCAAUGUCCUUCUCACAUCUCCCUUCACCUAUGCAAAAGAAAAGAUUAGCCUCCAAUGGGCAAUCUGCGAGCCAAGUCCACAAGACACGCUUGCCAAACUUGGACGCAAUGCAUCGCCCCCCUACAAAGAGAAUCCAAUCACCUACUACGAUGAAUAUCCCCCUAUCCAUAUCAGCUCCGGUCUGAUGUUUCGCACAAAAACAAACAAAGGCCAGCAAUUCUCCACAGUCAAAGUCCGCUUUCCCAGGGCGGUUACUGGUAUUCCGGACUUUGUCGACUGUUCCUGGAACCAGUAUGGCGCCAACUCCCCAUCCUUUACCUGUGAAAAACGCUGUCCUUUGGACAGUACAGUCUGGCAUGAGGAGCAGGUGCAGUUCGCCGAACGAUAUCAGGCUGUCGACUGGGAUGCGUUGCGCGCGUAUGGGCCUUAUCAGAAUGCGAAGUGGAAGGUGCGGAUUGAGGGAUACAAGACUAAAUUUGAUGAUGUAGUUGCUGGGGACCUGCAUCUCAUGGAGGUCGAGGUACAAGUACCCAGAGAGGACGCUCAUGGUGCGCUCCAGGCGAUCACGCAAUAUUUAAAAAAUAGGAAAGUUUCUCUUUGUGAGCCGCAGGAAGGGAAAACCAUGCGGCUAUUCCGUGCCAUGGGGUACAUUGCUGAUGAAAAUGAGGAACUGUAA